AUGCAUAUGCCCUCACUGAGCCUGACAGCAGACCCACUGCAGGAGACCGCUGUUCAACGUAACGUUGACAAGUCUAUUCAGAAACCCGGUUUACGCGGAAACCCCCCCCUCGCCGCAUGCGGCGCCGGCAUCCGUUACCGUAAUAUACUAGUUUUCUAUGCAGGUGGCGUUACGCUGACACCAGCGGAGCUCCAAAAGAACGUUGUGCCACCUCAAACUGCCUGGAUCAUUUCAAGUCGUAUUAAUACUGUCCGGGGCACCGUUGAACGUUACACGUUGAGGACUACUCUGCCUCUCCCACCAGGUCCUCCAGCAGAUCCAAUCAUUGGCCAUUUACGCGUGUUCUCUCCCGCCCACCAACAUCUGCUCUUCCAGAACUGGGCUGCGCAGUACGGAGAUAUAUUCCAUCUGAACAUCUUAGGCCAACCGCUGAUAGUACUGAACUCCGUGGAAGUCGCGACCGACCUUCUAGAGAAGCGGGGCACCAACUACAGCGAUAGGCCAACAUGCACUACCUUCGAACUGAUGGGCUGGCAUGCCGACCUUGCCCUCAUGCCGUAUGGGCCGCGAUGGAGGAAGCACAGGAAGAUGUUACAGGAGUACUUCAACCCCACCCAGUGUCUCAGUUAUAUUCGGGAUCAAGCACAAGAAGCGCACGAUCUGCUCAAGGCGCUGCUGAGGGCCCCUGAGCAAUUUGUGAAAUGUACCAAGAGUUAUACUCUAUCAAGCAUCAUGAGGAUCGCGUACGGUCAUCGGGUACUGAACUACGACAACGACGUGUACAUUGAACUUGCAGUGGGAGCCAUGCACGCUUUAGACGAGGCUGCUGCAGGGAUAUCCCUGCUAGAUCUCUUCCCAUCACUGCAGCAUGUUCCCCAUUGGUUUCCUGGGUUUUCAUUUUUGACCGCUAUACCCCGGCGCUUUAGGCCCAUCACCAGGCGGCUGCACGAGUAUCCGUUCGAGGAUGUGCGGAAGCAGAUGGAGAUCGGUGUUGCGCAACCGUCGUUCGUUUCCUCUCAUCUGGAGCACCUUGGCUCGACAUGUGUCAGCGAUGAGGAGCUUGAAGACGUCAAGGGCGCUGCCGCUCUGAUCGCUACAGUGGGUUUUGACACGACUUGGACACUCAUCCAGAUGUUUAUUUUCACAAUGCUGCUAUUCCCCGAGGCGCAACGUAAGGCGCAAUCGGAGAUUGACCGAGUCGUGGGGCUGGGACGGCUCCCGUGCUCCAGUGAUCGCGGUGCGUUGCCGUUUGUGGAGUGCGUUCUGCAGGAGACGAUGAGAUGGCACCCUGUUGCGCCUUUUGGUGUUGCGCAUAAGUCCCGCGACGAGGACGAGUACAAGGGGAUGCUGAUACCCAAGGGAUCAAUUAUCAUACCCAAUGUAAUCGCGAUGAGUCGCGAUGAGAGGAUCUACAAGGACGCAGAUUCGUUCUAUCCAGAACGCUUCCUUCCCACCCCUGCAGGACGCGGCGAGCCGCAUUUCAGCGCUGGCUUCGGAUUCGGCCGGCGGAUCUGCCCCGGUCGUCACUUCGCGAAUAACAGCGCAUGGCUUGUUGUAGCGAGCAUCCUUGCUACAUUCGAUAUUACCAAAGCUGUAAGGGAAGAUGGGAGUGUGAUUGAGCCCAAAGUAGAGUUUACAAUGAAUGGUCAAGUCAGCCGACCACUGCCGUUUAAAUGUACUAUUCGACCACGCUCGGAGGAGGCGAAGGAGCUGAUCAACCGGCCUUCGGAUUAA